CAUGCUCAGGAAACUAAGUGCCGCUCAUGAGUGGAUGCCUGUAAACAUGCAGUAACCGGAGGGCAUCCGUUAUAGAACCAUAGUUAGGCAGAAAGCCGGUUUCAAACAUUAGGAUAUUUCUAGUGCUGUGAAUUAAACUACGAUUUUAAUGCCGACGGACUCUCCUAGUGAGUUUAAAACGCUGACAUGGCCGCAGUGGACGCGAAUAAAGCCAAUCACGUUUCUUCUGAAGAGGAUAGACUACUGUUUCCAGUGACUCAGUAUGGUUCGAAUGACUGCAAGGAUGAAUAUAGCAACCCCAGAUCGACCCCGUUAACAGAUGGCUGGAUACGUGCAGACCAGGAAGAAGAAGCAUUGCGCAGGAAGUUAAAAUAUUUCUUCAUGAGCCCCUGUGAAAAGUACCAGGCCAAAGGAAGAAAACCUUUUAAACUGGUUCUGCAAAUACUGAAGAUUGUUCUAGUAACUGUACAGCUGGUGCUUUUUGGUUUAAGCAAUGAGAUGGUGGUGACGUUUAAGGAGGAGAACACAGCCUCAUUUAAACACCUCUUCCUGAAAGACUAUGAUGGUUCAGAUGACGUGCUUGCGGUUUACACACAGAGUGAUGUUUAUGAUCAUAUUUUCUACACAGUAGAACAGUAUCUGGCUUUGCCGGAGACGACAGUGGGCCGCUAUGCAUAUGUGUACGGUGUUGGUGUGAAUGGGAGUGCGCUCUCUCUGUGUCAACAGUAUUAUAAAAAGGGCCGGAUUGACCCAGCUAACGACACCUUCAUCAUUGACCCACAUGUGGUCACAGACUGUAUUGGUGUGAACCCUUUGUCCACUCCCACAGCAGGUCUGGGUGGUGAUUACAGGAAUUGGACCCUUAAGUUUCACAAGCUCAUUAAUGUCACCAUACAGUUUCAGCUGAAGGCCAUAAAUCUUCAGACCAUCAUACACAAUGAAAUUCCAGACUGUUACACUUUCUUCAUCACGAUUUUGCUGGAUAACAAAGCCCACAGUGGUAAAGUUAAGAUCAGUCUGGAUAAUCAGGCCUCCAUUAAGGAAUGUACAGACCCAAGUGUGUCUGGACACGCUGAUAGCUAUGUUCGUGUGUGGUUUGAUGGGGCUGUCGCAGUUGUGUGUGCUUUUUCUCUGGUCCUCUGUGGUCGCUCUAUCAUCAGAGGCAUUAUCCUUCAAAAUGAGUUUUUGAAGUACUUUAAGAGCUCUCUGAAACGUGCUGUCUGUUGGGGAGACAGAAUGGAGUUUAUUAAUGGAUGGUAUAUUCUGCUCAUUAUUAGUGAUGUUCUCACUAUCACGGGCUCCAUCAUCAAGAUUGGCAUUGAGCAAAAGAGCCUCUCGUCCUACGAUGAAUGUGGGAUCCUCUUGGGCACAUCAACGUUAUUGGUUUGGGUUGGAGUUAUUCGCUACCUCACCUUCUUUCAGAAGUACAAUAUUCUCAUUGUCACAUUAAGAGCUGCAUUCCCCAAUGUGAUCCGCUUUUGUUGCUGUGUAGCGGUGAUCUACCUCGGCUAUUGCUUCUGUGGGUGGAUUGUGCUGGGACCCUAUCAUGUUAAGUUCCGCUCUCUGUCUCUGGUGUCCGAGUGUCUGUUCUCUCUGAUCAAUGGAGAUGACAUGUUUGUGACCUUCAGUGGCAUGCAAGAAAGCAGCAUGCUCGUUUGGGUCUUCAGUCAGGUUUACCUGUACACGUUCAUUUCUCUGUUUAUUUACAUGGUGCUCUCGCUCUUUAUCGCGCUCAUCACUGGAGCUUAUGAGACCAUCAAGCAUCAAAUUCAGGAACCCAUCCAUAUCACUGACCUGCACGCAUUCAUCGCUGAGUGCACGGACACGCCUUGCUCUGGAAAGUUCCGUGGAAUUGAGACCUCCCCGUGCUCUUUCUUCUGCUGUUGUGACAGAACCACCACAUAUGAGGACAUCCUCCUUGUUAACUAGUGAAGUCAUGAGGCUUGAAGCCUGACGACACCUUCCUCUGCUGGUCACAUUACAGUACUGCAACAGGACAGAAGCCAAUGGUAAAAUGAGGGAAGCUCCAGACAGAAGACCCAAAAAGUCACAGCCACUUAACUUUGGGCCUUAAGUGGAGGAGCACAUAUAAGAUUUUAGUUAAACCACAAUCUGAAACAUUUUAGUUUUACCUUAACUUGUUUUUAGUUUUAUUUCAACUUAAAUCCAGUUUGCUUGAUGCCCCAGUACUCUCUUAAUAUAUGCUGGAAAUACCACAGGAUAGAGAAUACAAGAAACUGCACACAGGCAAAUGUUGUGUAUAGUAAUAAUUCCCUAAAUAUUGAUUCCACAUGUCCAUUGUGUGUGUGCGGUAGUGUGCAAGUGGGUCAUAACUCUCAAAUACUCUGAGAGACACUGCCGUGCGAGUCGUCAAAGAAACAUUUGCUGCUCAUUCUCUUUUACAUGUUUGCUAAAUGUCAAGUGAAUUGUAACUAACAUCUAGUAAUGUGUAAUGUCUGCAUCUCACCUAAAUCAGAUGUUUCCAGCAGAGACCAAAUUGCUUUUGGCUUGCCAAAGAAUUUAUCAGGUGUAAAACUUAAGGUAAAGUUUAGGUAUUGUGGCUGGUUCCAGGCAUGGGUAACGUAAGUACCGAACCAUGCACAAAUUACGUGAUUCAAACAUCUUUGGUAAUGUUGAAUAUUUUCAGCACUUGAGCAAAACUAGCUCUCCCUGGAGUCAUUCAUAAGAGUUAUUGUCUUAUAGUGACCCUUAUAGUACCCUUAUUUAUGAUAAAAAUGUAUGUUCUGCAAGUAUAUGCCUCAAAACUGGAAUUUUUAAUGUUAAUGCCUAAAUAAUCUCAUGAUGUCUCAGAUGGCUUUUAUUUGUAGUGUAAUUAAUACCUCAUUGUUGGAUGUGAUGUUAAGUAUGAUGAUAUUCAUGUUUUUUGAUGAAGUGAAUUUUAGGCAGAUUGAUGCAUUAUUUUACAGCUAUUAACCAGUGUAAUUGAAUCACUCACUUUGCACACAAUAAUGUUGUUUUAUAAAUGACAUUAGAGAUCUAAUAUUUCAUAAAGAAUACAAAAUGUACAAUUUCCCAUUUUUUUUUAGCUUUAUUUUAAAACUCUUUGCAUUUGUAUUGAUCCAAGAACACUGGUAAAAGAUUAAGGGUGCAGUGCUCAUAUUAGAACAAUAGAGCUUAUCAAAGGAAUAUUCUGGGUUCCAUACAAGUUAAGCUCAAUCGACAGCAUUUGUGGCAUAAUAUUGAUCACCACAAACAUUAAUUUUGACUUACCCCUUCUUUUCUUAAAAUAAAGAAAAAAUAUGGGUUCCAGUGAGGCACUUACAAUGGAAGUGAAUGGGGCCAAUCCGUUAAUGUUAAAAUUAACUUUUUCAAAAGCAUAACCACAAGACGUAAACAAAAUGUGUGUUAACAUGAUUUUAGUGUGAUAAAAUCACUUACUUUUUCUGUGUAACGUUAUAGCCAUGAAGAUGUAAUGUCAACAAACCCUAAAAUGGCUGUAAAAAUGAUUUAAACAACUUAACAGCUCAAAUAAUACACAAGUUUUAACAGAAGAAUUUGUGUAAUUGCUUUUAUAAAAUUUAUAAGCUUCACAUUUCUGCUUUUAAACCCUCCAAAUAUUGGCCCGAUUCACUUCCAUUUUAAGUGCCUCACUGAAACAUUAUCAAAUUUUGUAUUUAUUUUUUAAGAAAUUAUUUUUAGAGGUAAUCAACAUUAUGCCACAAAUGCUGUUGAUUGCCACAAAUGAACUUGUAUUGAACCAGGAAUAUUCCUUUAAGAGUGCUUGACCCAUAUAAUGCGUAUAGCAUCACUUAAGGGGACAAACAAGCCUAAUUUUAUGUUCUACAAUAUACUUGACUGAUAAGAGAAGUGUAUUGAUAUUAUUUAAAUUCUGGCGCUUGAUGCAAGCCAUUUACACAACCACAGAGCAAGUGGGACCAGUCAUGUUAAGUAAUGUGGAGAUCUCUUUGGUCAUAUAACAUGUUUCUAUUGUUAUUAUUAUUAUAAUUCCACCAUGUUGUUUUAAUGUAUAAUUCAGUCAUGUUCUAGAGUAAUGUUUCAUUUACACUGAUCAGCCACAACAUUAAAACCACUGACAGGUGAAGUGAAUAACAUUAUUAUCUCAUUACAAUGACACCUGUCAAGGGGUGGGAUAUAUUAGGCAGCAAGUGAACAGUCACUUCUUGAAUUUCACAUGUUGGAAGCAGGAAAAAUGCGCAAGCAUAAGGAUCUGAGCGACUUUGACAAGGGCCAAAUUGUGAUGGCUUGAUGAGUGGGUCAGAGCAUCUCCAAAACGGCAGGUCUUGUGGGGUGUUCCCGGUAUGCAGUGGUUAGUACCUACCAGAAGUGGUCCAAGGAAGGAUAACCAGUGAACUGGCGACAGGGUCAUGGGGUCCAAGGAUCAUUGAUGCGUGUGGGGAGCGAAGGCUAGCCAAUCUGAUCCGAUCCCACAGAAGAGCUACUGUAGCACAGACUGCUGAAACUUAAUGCUGGCCAUAAUAGAAAGGUGUCAGAACACACAGUGCAUCUCAGCUUGCUGUGAAUGGGGCUGUGUAGCCGCAGACUGGUCAGAGUGCCCAUGCUGACCCCUGUCCACUGCCAAAAACGCCUACUAUGUGUACAUGAGCGUCAGAACUAGAUCAUGGAGCAAUGGAAGAAGGUGGCCUGGUCUGAUUAAUCACGUUUUCUUUUAGAUUAUGUGGAUGGCUGGGUGCGUGUGCGUCGUUUACCUGAGGAAGAGAUGGCAGCAGGAUGCACCAUGGGAAGAAGGCAGGCCGGCGGAGGCAGUGUGAUGCUCUAGCCAAUGUUCUGCUGGGAAACCUUGGGUCCUGGAAUUCAUGUGGAUGUUACUUUGACACGUACCACCUACCUAAAGAUUGUUGCAGGCCACGUACACCCCUUCAUGGCAAUGGUAUUUCCUGAUGGCAGUGGCCUCUUUCAGCAGGAUAAUGCUGCAAAAUUGUUCAGGAAUGGUUUGAGGAACAUGACAAAUUGUUCAAGGUGUUGACUUGGCCUCCAAAUUCCCCAGAUCUCAAUCCAAUUGAGCAUCUAUGGGAGUGCUGGACCAGCAAGUCCGAUCCAUGGAGGCCCCACCUCGCAACUUACAGGAUUUAAAGGAUCUGCUGCUAAUGUCUUGGUGCCAGAUACCACUGGACACCUUUUUGGUGGCAUGAGGGGGACCUACACGAUGUUAGGCAGGUGGUUUUUAAGUUUGUGGCUGAUUGGUGUAUAUUGUGUUGUCUCUUUUGCUUUUCUGUUUUGAAUUAAUUUAAAGCACACAAUCAGUAAAUGGAGCACACUUUCUAAAACCUUUAAGACUUUCUUGUACUAACAGAGGAAGCUAUACAAAUUGUUAAAAAGAUGCCACAUUAUCACACUCAGGGCUGAUGGUAUGUUAACCAAAUCCAUAAAUCCCUAUUUCAGAUGUGCAUCUGAUUUAUUUCAUUUUAUUUCGUGAAUUGUAAUUGAAACUGCUAAAAAGGACCUAUUCAAAUACUUUUUGUUAACCAAGGUGGUGAAAUUGUGUACAAGAAUGUACUGUUUACUAUUUAGACCUUAAAACUGGAAGGUUUUUCUGA